AUGGUUGUUCAAGAUCAAGAUACGGUAAAGUGGCCACAUCCAUUGAAGCCGAACACAGGAAAUCAGGACCAAUACUGCUAUUUCUAUCGUAGUCGUGGCCACACUACAGAAGCCUGUAGAAAACUGAAGGAGGAAAUUGAAAGGCUUAUCCGUCAAGGUUAUCUUCGGCAGUUUAUUCAGGAUCCACCUACUCGAGAGGAAACUCGUCCCGCUGGGGGGAAAGAUCGACAACAUAGGCCACCAGUAAAUAAUCGAAUAGCAGUUGGGGAAAUUGAGACAAUAGCCGGAGGACCUUUGCUAUCCGAUAAAGUCUUUUUGGCAGUGGAUGAAAUUUCAACUCCAAAGAAAGCUCGUGUAGAUCACACCAUCACCUUUGAUGACUCUGACUUGGAGGGAGUAAAAAUCCCUCACCAAAAUUCUCUUGUUUUCAAUGCUAGCAUAGGUGACCCAUGUUAUAAUGUUAAGAGAAUUCUUGUGGAUAACGGUAGCUCUGUAGAUAUCCUGUUCUACUCUAUCAUCCUUAAUUUGGGUCUCUCCAGAGAAAAGCUUCAACCUGCGGCAGGUCCUUUAUAUGGAUUUGAUAAUCGACCUAUACGAGUAGAAGGGAUAAUCAGUCUCCCAGUUGUACUUGGAGAAUUCUCCCAAUAA